AUUCAGGUGGUAAUUGACAAACACCCAGUCAGGUUUUUUGUCCAUAAAAGGCCACACGUCGACUUCUUUUUAGAAGUGGUCAGUCAGUGGUAUGAGCUGGUAGUAUUUACAGCUAGUAUGGAGAUAUAUGGAUCGGCCGUAGCAGAUAAGCUGGAUAACAACAGGGAUAUCCUCAAAAGAAGAUACUACAGACAGCACUGUACUUUGGAUUUAGGGAGCUACAUAAAAGAUCUAUCUGUAGUACACAGUGAUCUCUCCAGUAUAGUCAUUCUGGACAACUCGCCUGGAGCUUAUCGAAGUCACCCAGACAAUGCAAUACCUAUAAAG